UCGCAACGUGGAACUUGAAGGUCGUCCAGAGGCGCAGCUGGUGUCCAUCCGUUCCUGCGUGAGGCUAGUCCUGUCCGUUCACUACCGAAGAUGUGGUCUACGUUCUGGCCACUGCUGUGUCUACUUCUCCUGGCCGCCGUAACGGAGGCUGCCGACCUCUACAGAGCCCUCGAGCUGUCGAAAUCAGCCUCUGAACAGGAUAUCCGGAAAGCAUACAAGAAGCUGAGUCGCAAGUACCACCCCGACCGGAAUCAGGAACCGGGUGCGGAAGAGAAGUUCAUUGAGGUUGCACAUGCAUACGAGGUUCUAUCGGACCCCGAAAAACGACAAGUAUAUGACCGUUAUGGGGAGGACGGCCUGAAAGCCAACGAGGGAGGGCGACAUGCAGGCAAUCCAUUCGACAUCUUCCAAAAUUUCUUCGGCGGCGGCUUCUCUGCGCAACAACAGGUCCGGAAAGGGCCAACCGUACACUUUGAUGUCGAAGUCACGCUGGAAGACAUUUACACAGGGAAUCACGUAGAACUGCCCGUCCACAAACACAUUCUCUGUGAUCACUGCCGAGGGACGGGCGCCGCCUCCUCCGGGGACAUCCACACCUGCCCCGCAUGCAAUGGCGCCGGCGUACAAGUUGUCCGGCAACAAAUCAUGCCCGGGAUGUGGUCUCAGGCGCAAGUCACCUGCAACCAGUGCGGCGGGCGCGGGAACAUUAUCACGCGCAAGUGCCCGCACUGCGACGGUGCGAAGGUCACCGAACACACGCAUGUGUACUCGAUCGAGAUCCCCGCGGGCGCGCCAGAGGGGUACCAGAUCGUGCUGGAGAGCGAGGGCGACGAGAGUCCGGACUAUGAGCCUGGGGAUAUUGUUUUGCGGAUUAGGAGCAGGAAGACUCAGGGCUCGUGGAGGCGGAAAGAGUCUGCGCUGUACUGGAAGGAGACAAUCGGGGUCGAUGAGGCCCUUCUUGGCUUCGAGCGUAACAUUACACAUCUGGAUGGCCACGUAGUACACAUCAAGCGCGACGUCGUGACGCAGCCAGGUUUCGUCGAGGUCGUGGACGGCGAAGGCAUGCCCACACCCGAGCACAAACACUCUCACGGCAAUUUGUACGUUGAGUAUACUGUCGUCCUACCGACGGAGGUGUCGCCCGAGAAGAGACGCCAGCUACUGAAGGUCUUCCGUGGGGCGGAAGAGGGACAUAAGGAUGAGCUCUGAUAUCUGAAUCACCUACCCUUCCUGCCUCUGCACGUCCUAGACUAGUGGUAUGGUACUACAAUAGAAUUAGAUUGUGCACUGCACGGUAAUUUAUUUUAUAAUGUG